AUGAUCAGGUGGGGCCGACAGUCUGCGAUUUAUAUUUGUUGGAAUUGAAAGUGGAUUACCUUAGUUGAGUCAAACGUCACAACACGUUCUAAACUGUUCUUUCGACAAACACACUUUUUACCUUGUCUCCAUUUGUCCAUAUGGCUGCGCUUUGCUACCACUGAAAAAUCUUGAAGAUUGCCCAUUAUUAUAAAAGAUAAGGGCUCAAAAAACGAUUCAAGUAAGUAAAUAUAUUUUGAAAUGUUAAACUAUGUAUUAGACUUCUAGUAGACCACUUUGUAGGCUAACUCAACUACGCUUCUAGCUAGCAAGCUAACUUUACACACUGCUUAGCUAAGUGAAUUAAAUGUCAUCAUCUAGACAACUUUCUAUUACCUAACUAGAGUAUCUUGAUGUAAUCAUUGUAAAUGUAAAAACAGUUUCCAAAUGCAUUAGUUGAUAACAGCCUAGGAAGAGACUAAUGGCGCAUUUCCAUACAGGAUGUUUUACCUAAAAGGCUCAGACUUUUUUGUUUCCAUUGACGUGGGCCGGCACCCGUAUCUGGGCCAUGACUUCAGUGGACCUGCUCUCACUUGGGGCCAAAGCCAGGCCACUGGUACUUUUCAGCCAAAAUGUACAUAACAAUGAUUAAUAUUAACACCUUCUCACACCAGCUGUGUUUUUGUAUACAACAUGUGCUAACAUAGGUAGCUACAGAUGAAGUCAGAAGUUUACAUUCACUUAGGUUGGAGUCAGUAAAACGGGUUUUUCAACCACUCCACAAAUUUAUUGUUAACAAGUCAUUUAGGACAUCUAUGACAAGUAAUUUUUCCGACAAUUGUUUACAGACUUAUAAUUCCCUGUAUCACAAUUCCAGUGGGUCAGAAGUUUACAUACACUAAGUUGACUGUGCUUUUAAACAGCUUGGAAAAUUCCAGAAAAUUAUGUCAUGGCUUUAGAAGCUUCUGAUAGGCUAAUUGACAUCAUUUGAGUUAAUUGGAGGUUUACCUGUGGAUGUAUUUCAAGGCCUACCUUCAGACUCAGUGCCUCUUUGCUUGACAUCAUGGGAAAAUCUAAAUAAAUCAGCCAAGACUUCAGAAAAAAAUGGUAGACCUCCACAAGUCUGGUUCAUCCUUGGGAGAAAUUUUCAAACAACUGAAGGUACCACGUUCAUCUGUACAAACAAUAGUAUGCAAGUAUAAACACCAUGGGACCAUGUAGCCGUCAUACCGCUCAGGAAGGAGACACGUUCUGUCUCCUAGAGAUGAAUGUACUUUGGUGCGAAAAGUGCAAAUCAAUCCCAGGACAACAGCAAAGGACCUUGUGAAGAUGCUGGAGGAAACAGAUACAAAAGUAUCUAUAUCCACAGUAAAAUGAGUCCUAUAUCGACGUAACCUGAAAUGCAGCUCAGCAAGGAAGAAGCCACUGCUCCAAAACUGCCAUAAAAAAGCCAGACUACGUUUUGCAACUGCACAUGGGGACAAAGAUUGUCUGAUGAAACAAAAAUAUAACUGUUUGGCCAUAAUGUCCAUGUUUAUGUUUGGAGGAAAAAGGGGGAGGCUUGCAAGCCGAAGAACACCAUCCCAACCUGUGACGCACGGGGUGGAAGCAUCAUGUUGUGCGGGUGCUUUGCUGCAGGAGGGACUGGUGCACUUCACAAAAUAGAUGGCAUCAUGAGGUAGGGAAAUUAUGUGGAUAUAUUGAAGCAACAUCUUAAGACAUCAGUCAGGAAGUUAAUGCUUGGUCGCAAAUGGGUCUUCCAAAUGGACAAUGACCCCAAGCAUACUUCCAAAGUUGUGGCAAAAUGUCUUAAGGACAACAAAGUCAAGGUAUUGGAGUGGCCAUCACAAAGCCCUGACCUCAAUCCUAUAGAACAUUUGUGGGCAGAACUGAAAAAGCGUGUGUGAGCAAGGAGGCCUACAAACCUGACUCAUUUACAUCAGCUCUGUCAGGAGGAAUGGGCCAAGAUCCACCCAACUUGUGGGAAGCUUGUGGAAGGCUACCCAAAAUGUUUGACCCAAAUUAAACCAUUUAUAGGCAAUGCUACCAAAUACUAACUGAGUGUAUGUAAACUUCUGACCCACUGGUAAUGUGAUGAAAGAAAUUAAAGCUGAAAUAAAUCAUUCUCUCCUCUAUUUUUUUCUGACAUUUCCCAUUCUUAAAAUAAAGUGGUGAUCCUAACUGACCUAAGACAGAGAAUUUUUACUAGGAUUAAAUUGUGAAUUGUGAAAAACUAAGUUGAAAUGUAUUUGGCUAAGAUGUAUGUAAACUUCCAACUUCAACUGUAUAUGCCCUGGGUUAUAUGGGUAGGCCUACCUAUGUUAGCACAUGUUGUAUACAAAAACAGUUGAACAUCACACACAAUGUAUAAACCUAUUAGAAUUGGAGGAGGCCAACACUCCUGGGGAUCUGCUUGGUGUGACGGGUUCUGUUUCAUCCCAGAAAUAACACACCUGAUUCAACUUAUCAAACCUAAUGAGUUGAUAAUCAAGUGUGCUAUUGCCGGGCUGGAACAGAAGUCUGCUCACCCAGUAGAUCAGGGAUCAGUGUCGCAAGGUUAGUCACCGCUGGUAUGGAGUGUUUAGUAAUAAUAAUGGAGUGUUUAGUUUAGUAAUAAUAGCCUACGUGUUACUACCACUCAAUUUUCUAUUGUUUUCGACUACGAUGUCUAAUCUUUACAUAUGAGUUAGAUUAUUUGAACAUUUUGUUUUUGAUGAAGCGUUUAAACUUGUUUUAAUUGUUAAAAUAUUAUUCAAAAUGGACUAGUGUCAAUGUUGAUGAAUCACAAUCCUGCAUUAAAGAGGGGAAGGGGUUCUGUCUCUAAAAUGUCUGUUUCUGUGUUGUUUUCUCAAAUGAACAUGUCUUUUUUGCCUGUCUAGUUGUAAGAUCUCCAAUCUGUUUUAUUUGAUUGUCACGCUGUCUCAGUAUAUCAGCUAUCUGAAUCCAACCAUAUACCAGUGCUGCAGGCUGGUCUCAUAGACUAGACGUAACAUAGUAAACAUACAUCCGGGACACUCAAAUAGAGCCCCACAGUGGAGGUGUCAUAAUACCCAUAAAACCUAGUGGUCAAACAGGGAAAAUGUUCCAACAUUUUUUCAACCAUUUGAUUUUAGAAACAAAUCAAAUAAGGGCUGUGUGUCGUGUAGGCUUAUCCUGGCGUGAUGUUUUUUGAUAAACAUAUAAAACUCUCUCGGACAAGGUGGCUUUUAUCAAUAUAUUUGGCUUUAUUUAUUCUCAGAUUUUAACAUGCUAAUUAGCAUCAAAGUAGAGAUCAUUCAAGACUACAAAUCCCUGCAAGCUUGUGCACAUCACCUCUAGCGGACACCUUUGCUAACAGGUAUUGUGUCAAUUUAAAACUUGCUUUAGACAGUUCACAGAAUUAUUAAUUUAAAAACAUUUAGCCAAUUUAUUCAUGACUAAAUUUAGCUAACAUUAGAUAGUUAAUCCAGAUAUUGUUACCUUUUUGCCUCGAUCUGGCUGUCUCAUCCAGAACGAGGUUGUUGUUGUUCCCAUAGUAGGUAGACCAGGCGUAUUCAACUCUUACCCUAUGAGGUCCGGUGUCUGCUGGUUGUCUCUUCAAACCUGAUAAUUAUUUGCAUCCUCCUGGUGUCCCAGGUCUAAAUUAGUCCCUGCCGUGGAACUGGAUUCUAGGUCCAGAGUUGAGUUAGAGGGAGAUAGACAUGGUUGGUUUAUGUAUCACUGACCCUGAAUAAGCUAAAUACUGGGCUAACACAGCUAACCUUUAGGUCAGUAAUAUGCUGUUUUUAUUAAUAUUUUGUUGCCUUUAUAAUCCUGAGAGAAAUUGAACUAGCUUGUAGCUAGUUAUACCUAGGUAGCUUAGAAGGUUAACUGACUUUUCUCAAAAUCAACCUCAUUGUGACUAGCUACUUCUUGUCCCGGGGCUCAUGCAACCCUGCACACCCAAAUAUCACUCCAGAAAUGUCAAAAUAAGAAAUAUUGAACUGGCCAGCAUUGUUGACCAUUUCUCCCCUCUUGUUGCAGCUUCAUUUCAUCUCAAAACAACAGAGAAAUUCUGUAAAAACCAAUGUGUCGCUAACCUUCUGAAAUGUUUUGUCACCAGUGUUUGUUUUAUAGAUUUUUUUUUAGUCUUCACGCACUGAGGGGAUUCGAUGAAUCUCGCCCAGGCUCCCGUGUUGGCGUGUUUAGCACUGUGAUUUACACCUGGUUUGCACCCCUCUGUAGCUGAUUUUUGCCAUGGAACUUCCCCAGGUUUCCUGUUUUAGGGAAGCCUGGUUCACGACGAGGUUUGAUACAACUCCCUAGUUUGAUUAUAUGGUUUUGUCCUCGCCCAGAAUCAUAUUCUAUUUUAGUGAUUGACGGCAGAGCUGAAACUAAACACAUAUGUUUUAGUAAAAUAGGUAUCUUGCAAGUGGCUAUAGCAAGUCCUAAAUAUGUAUUCUGUGGAGCCCUUGGGCCAAGCCACUCACAAUGCUUAGAAUGGACUGUCAGAAUGUUGUCGUGCUUUGUUAAGGAGCACAGGUAACAUCCAUGGCCUUGUGCAAAUGUGUCAUUGAUCUCCUUCCAAUUGGUAUAAGAGAAUCAGUUCCAUUUCCACAUCCUUGACAGCAUGCUGAUCCAGCUGCUUGGCUCGAUGCCAUGUGUUCUUGUCAAUUAGGCUGUAAAUAGAAACAUGCAGAGGAAGCCUUUAUAGGCUGAGGGCAGAAACAUGUCAUGACAUCAUCAUGCGCUGGAUGAUUGAUUCAGACACUCAGGUUGUAUUUUAUACUCUGCCACUUCACAGGAGAAUGGGUUUUAAUUCAAAAAGAUGGCUCUUCCAUGGGUGAGAUAUGUUUAAUUAACACCACAUGAAAAACAAUGUGUCUCUCAACCAAUUGAAUGUGUUUGUUUACUCUAAAAUGAAGUGUUGCUGGAUUGAGGAAGAAGAGGAUAUUUGUAUUUCUCUCCUCACACCUUUCCUCCCUAAUGUUUCUCACAUUCAGAAGUCUACAUCUGGACUUUCCACACUCCCCGUUCAGUGCCAUCUAUGGAGUGCCCAUCAACAGCCCUGGGACACUCUACCCCUCUGAGUUGCCCCCGUCAUACGAGUCUGUGGUGGGGAUGGGGCAGACCCCUGCCAGUCAGGUCACUACCAGCAUUGAUCAGCAGGCCACUGAGUCCAGCCUCUGUGAGAGAAACACCACAGCUGGUCUCAGUACUCAGGCCUCGGUGGACAGUGCUUCUCUAAUGGUAUCAGAGGAGGUGGCAGAAAUUCCAGACAACAGUUGCUCCUCAGAGGAUCUCUGUUCCCUGGAGGUGCAGGGCUCUGACUCCUCUCCCUAUGGCAUGCUGCACACCGCCCCCACUGAUGGCAGCUGUAUCAGUCUAGAGCUCAGUGCCCGCUUCUCCCACCGCCACGGCGGCCCGGCCCGGCUCAACGACACUGGCUACAGCGAGUCCUCCCACACCCAGGACUCCAUACCCCGCUCUCCAGACUGGUCCAUAGAGAACGUCAACAUACUGGAGCACGAUGAGCCCAAGAGAGGAGCAAAGCUACACGCAAACCUCAUAGAACGAGCCAGUAGGAAGCAGCUGAUUCUUCCUGUCCCUCCUACUCCUCCCUCCCUGCCCUCUGCCUCCCCCUCUGCAGCCACAGCCUCCAUAGAGGCAGCCCAGAGCCUCCCUGCCUGCCCCUCCCUGUCCCCCCCUGCCCGGCCCCGUGGCUCCCGGCUGUGCUUCAGUGUGUGGUCCCCAUCCUCCUCUUCCUCCUCCCCGGCCUCGCAGCCCCCUUCUACCUCAGCGCCCGCAGAGCGACCCCGCAUGCUCCGGUCUGGCAGGAGGUAUCGCAAGCUGGCUCGCAUCGUACGCUCCACCAGCGACCCCAUCUCCUGUACCUCCAUAUCUGGAAGUGACAGCUGUGGCAGCCCCUCUGCAAGCAACCCUCCUCCUGAAGAUUCUCCUCAGACUUCACCAGAGCAAGAGUCCACAGAGGUGGCAGCUCCUCCCCACGCCGCUGCCAAAGUCAGCACCCGCAGUGGUAGGAAGCAGAAGGAGGGGAGGAAAGUGGACAUCCGCCUCAAACCGCGAGCCCUGCACACGGUCUCCAACGAGCGCCCACACUCUCUGGCUGACCUUAAGACGUAUAAAGACACCAAAAUCCUGGUGGCCAAAUUCCUGGAGCACUCCAGCUGCAGUCUACCUCCAGAGGUCCAGCAGGUGGUCAACAGCAUCAAGUAUGUCAUCAAGUCUGACGAGAGACACAUGGAGGAAGCUAUAUUCAGUGCCAAUGUCAUAGAUCAGGUGAUGACACAGUCACAACGCAUCAUCGGCAGCCCAAGGAAGCGUGCCCAUGAAGACUUGCACCUACAAAGCUGUGGGGCCUUGAGUUCCCCUUUCUCAUCCCUGCGCCGUCCACCUACAGUACCAGGGCCUCCCAACCCCCCUGCUUCCGUGGACUCCUCUCCCUCACCCUCUGAACGCACUCAAAGCCUUUUGUGUAGAGAGACCAUCCUUUGACUGCCCUCCCUCCCCACCAAGGACUCAACCUCUAUUUCUAUCUCAUAGUGCCCUGUGAGACUGUGCCAAGACUUUAGCAGAAACCAACUCAGUAGGUCAUGUCUGGAGUGGAUUGGCUUCUGUUCUCUCUCUCUCUCUCUCUCAUAUCAAAAACAGCAGAAUGUUCUCUUCUCCCUCAGGGGAUUUUUUAAGUCUCAACCCUGUAAACACACUUGUAAGCCAACUAAAUGGAGACGUCAUGAUGAAAAACUAGUGCUCUACUUUAUGAAAAGGAAAGAAAAACGACUUUGUAUUAAAACUGUGAACUGGACAGUUUUGGGAUGGUACUAGCUCCAGCAGACUUUGUGGAUUUUGAUUGGCUGAAUACUGUGUGCCACUGCAGGACAGAGAAUGUUACAAAAGUGGAUUAUUUAACUUACCUCAAUGUGUUACAGUUCUUAUCAGUGUUACAAUAAAAUAUGACUUUCUAUGUUGUAGUCGACCUCCUUUCAACAAUGGUAUGUCAUUUGAACAUUACAUACAUUUAUAGGAGGCGCGAGAGACACAGAAGCCAUGCUUACAGAAUAUGCAUGGCGCAACUGAAUAGUAAAAAAAACAUUAUGAAAAUACUGUAUGUACAAAUCACACAAAUUGUGUAAUAUUUUGAAAACCUUGUUCAUUGUAACUUUCGAAAUAUCAAAAACUUGUGGUUUGUCAUGAGGCUAGAAUGUGUGC